AUGGGGCUCAUGAGGCACAUGAACCACAUCGACCGCGAGGAGCUGUACACAGACCUCGAGGCGCGCAUCCGCUACCUCCACAGCUUCCUCGACUUUAGCAGCAAGGACAUCGAGGCACUCAUCUCGGGCGCCAAAUACGUCAAGGCCCUGAUCCCCGCCGUCGUCAACAUAGUCUACCACAAGCUGCUGCAGUACGACAUCACCGCCCGCGCCUUCACCACCCGCUCCACCAGCUUCGAGGGCCCCAUGGACGAGAUCCCCGACGACAACUCGCCCCAGAUCCUGCACCGCAAGAUGUUCCUCCGGGCGUACCUGGCCAAGCUUUGUUCCGACCCGAGCAAGAUGGAGUUCUGGGAAUACCUCGACAAGGUUGGAAUGAUGCACGUCGGCCUCGGCCGCAAACACCCCCUUCACGUCGAGUACAUCCACCUCGGCGCCUGCCUCUCCUUCAUCCAGGACGUCAUGACGGAGGCGAUCCUCUCGCACCCGCGCCUGUCCAUGCAGCGCAAGAUCGCCCUCGUCAAGGCCCUCGGCAAGGUCAUCUGGAUCCAGAACGACCUCAUGGCCAAGUGGCACGUCCGGGACGGCGCCGAGUUCGCCAGGGACGACGAGGAGCCUGAAAUCGAGGAGGAGGGCUACUUGCACGGCCGCAAGAUCCUCGAGAACGAGUCGGACGAGGAGAACGUUGCCGGGCCCAAGUCGCCCUCGAGGCUGCCGCGACCGAACAGCGCUGGCGGGGGCGGGGUGUGUCCGUUUACGGGGAUCACCGCCGAGGUGGAAGGGUUGAAGGUCGGAGGGAAGAAGGAGGAAGGGACGCAGAAGGUUGAGACCUCUGCAUAG